AUGUCUCAGCUCCAGCUUUUCCCAUCCGUCGACGAGUCCGACUUCUCUCCGGAUCCUGCGCCGCCAACUGCCGGCCCCAGGACCACUCCUCCUCUACCCAACAUCACACCUGAACCCCAGGCUUCUUCGCGUGGCCGCCGGUCAGCACAAUCAGCCUCCCGCUCACCUAGACGCCGACGUCUACCCUCGCCUCCACCGGAGAGAAUCCCAGUUCUCUCUUCGGCGUCCUCCUAUCAUUCGGCCGUGCCAACGAUUCCACCUAUUGGGAAGUGGACAGUUUUGAGUUUGAGGCAAGCGCUGAUUAAUUCUGAUGUGCAACCGUCACGCAGAAUGAACAAGGCAGAUAUAUACAAGCUGUAUGUCACCUUGCAAUCAGCCAACCUCUCACCUAAGUCCACUCCAGCCUCCAAGGCAUCCAACAGGCAAACUAAAUCCCGUGAUGCCCAGAAAUCGCCUCAUCCAACUCCACCAUCUCCCUCCCGCACAAGGUCCGGCGCUCUGCGUGUGUCGGGCCAUGGUGCCGGGCCUUCAGCGAGCCUGGGCCGCGUCCCAGAUUCCGCAGCAUCAAGGCAUUGUGCACCUCCCUCUUCGGAGCAGCAUUUCACCGCGGCUCUUCCCGCCAACGUACACGCAGCCGGGCCCGCCGGCCCUCUUUCAGCCUCGCAGUUUCGUCCUCCUACUGUUUCUAACCCCUUUCCUUUGCAGUGGCCUUUAGCUCCCGUAGUUGAUGCCAGCGUGAGAUUGCCUCCGUUAACGGCUCAAGCAUCUCAUCACCUUCCUGCGAUUGCCGCAAACCCCCCCUUUUUCAGUGGCCUGCAGCUCCAGCAGCACAAGCAAGCCCCCACAGGCCGACUCAAGCCAACUCCGAUGCCCGUCCCAUCAAACGCAGUCGCCGCGGAACCACCUCCAGUGGCCCACAACAUCGGAGCACAGAUCUUGGCAGGGUCGCCCAGUGGAACCAGUGCCCUUACUGGGGUGCACUCGACCCUGACCUGCACAGCAGAGUUUUCCUCGGCUGCAGGAAUGUUUCAUGCGCUGUAUGCAGUUUCUGUUUCAGAAAUUCAGGAUGCUGGCUCCAGAGGCAGACCAAUUUCCAACUCCAGUACCUCACUUUUCAGAACUCAUAUUCCCGUAACACACCCGUUAAAACCCCUCCUUGACGCGUCGCUCGACACAAUCCUCCAAGCAGUCUCCCCGAGGACACUGCAAUCCUAUGUGACAGCUUGGAGAUGUUUUAAAGCAUUCCAUUUGUCAUAUAACACGCCGUUUCCCGAUUUCUCUCUCCUCUCAAUCACCUCUUUCAUCUCAUAUCUCAACAUUGUCAAAGGGUUCCAAGUCGGGUCUAUCAAAGGCUACUUGAGCGGCAUCCAAUUUUUUCACAAAUUGAUGUUUGGCACUCCCUCCACUGAGAUUAAUAAUUCACAAACCUCUCUCCUAAUCAAAGGGAUUCAACGUUCCCAGCCCACCCGUCCCGACCCCAGACAACCCAUAACACUAGACAUUCUCACAAAAUGCAUCAAUACCCUCCGCUCAGGCUACCAGCCUCUCAAUACCGCCCGCACACUUGACGCUAUGUUUAUUCUGGCCUUCUUUGGUUUUCUAAGAUGCUCGGAACUCACAAUCACUUCCAAAUUCGAUCCAAAAAUCCACCCCACCAUUGCAGACUUGUCUGUUCUCGAUAACGAUACAAUCUCAUAUUUAAUUAAACAAAGCAAGACAGAUCAAGCUAAAAAAGGACACUUCAUCUAUAUUUUCAACAUUUCCUCACCAAUCCAACCAUUCCAGUCCAUUUUCGCGUACCUCCAACUAAGAAGCUCUCAGGCUAAAUCCCCCUACGAACCCCUUUUCAUAGACGACUCCAACAAACCUGUCUCUCGCUUUUGGUUCCAAAAGCACCUCAAAUCCGUUCUUCAACAGUCAGGCAUCCCAGCAAAAAACUACUCCAGCCACUCUUUCCGCAUUGGGGCAGCAACCUCGGCAGCCCAAAAAGGCCUCUCCCAGCAGCAGAUCCAAGCUCUUGGAAGAUGGUCAUCGGACGCCUUCCAAAGUUACAUCAGAACCAACCAGUUCCACAUCAAAAAAGCCCAUCAAACCCUCAUUGGUUAAAAAAAAAAAAAAAAAAAAAAAAACACCUUUCUCCAUCCAGCGAGUAUUGAUCUCCCAGCGGAUGCAACGUUAACCCUCCCAGGUGAAAAUAUGCUUUUCUUUAUCCAUCCAGCGAGUAUUGAUCUCCCAGCGGAUGCAACGUUAACCCUCCCAGGUGAAAAUAUGCUUUUCUUUCUCCAUCCAGCGAGUAUUGAUCUCCCAGCGGAUGCAACGUUAACCCUCCCAGGUGAAAAUAUGCUUUUCUUUCUCCAUCCAGCGAGUAUUGAUCUCCCAGCGGAUGCAACGUUAACCCUCCCAGGUGAAAAUAUGCUUUUCUUUCUCCAUCCAGCGAGUAUUGAUCUCCCAGCGGAUGCAACGUUAACCCUCCCAGGUGAAAAUAUGCUUUU